AUGAGCCAAGAUAUAAUACAAAACUUGAUCCAUAAUCCUCAAGAUAUAUUCAAGCUACAUAAUGAUGGAGAGUCUGACACUAACAUUUUCAACGACUUAACGAAAAGUAUAUUGAAUCCAAUUGUGAAAAACUAUUCGGUACUUGAUGAGUUGUAUACUGAUGGAUUGGACUCAUCACAAGUGUUUGGGCAGACAAAGAUGGUGUUGGAUGGAAUAGGAAGUAAGUUGUUGGGGGAGGAUAUACCACAGGUUAGGGAAAAGAUUGGAGAGAUUGAACAAAGUGAAGAUGAAGAUGAACACGAGGAAGAUGAUGAGGAUGAACAUGAACAUGAAUAUGAACAUGAAGAGGAAGGGGAAGAGGAAGAGGAAGUAGACCUGGAAAGCAAGGUAAGAGAGGGCGAAGACGAAGAACAAAAUGAAGCAGAUGAGAGCUCUGAGGAGAUAGAAGAAGGUUCAGAAGAUGAGGAGGAGAAGUUUUUCGACGACGGUGAAACAUUGGUUGGUGAAGAUGACGACGAGGAAGAAGGUUCUGACACCGAGGUGAAGCACAAGAAGGAUGUGUUUGGAUUAAAUGACGGAUUUUUCGACAUUGACGAAUACAAUAAGCAAGUCCUUGCACUUGAAAACGAAAAAGAAUUAGGAGACAACGAUGACGAAGAGAUCGAUUUUUUUGGUAGUUUGAGUGAUGAAGAUGAGGAACAAAUGGAUUACUAUGAUGAUUUUUAUGAUAAACCAGGCAAAGUGGAUGUAAAUACAAAGCCAGCAAAGAAAGUUAGCGCGGAUGAAGAGGAUGAUUUAAGCGAAGGGGAGUUUGCUGAUGAAGAUUACGAUAAUGCCGUCAAUUCUGCCAGACUUGAUUUGUUUGCUGAAAAUGAGGAGAGAAAACUGAAACAAGGUGAUAACCUAUCGUCAUAUGAGAAACAGCAAUUGGCUUUGCAACGUGAAAUUGAAAAAUUGGAAGCUGAACUAGUCGCUGACAAGAAAUGGACUCUCAAGGGUGAACUUACAUCAAACGAGAGACCGAAAGAAUCUUUGUUGGAAGAAAAUGAACUUUCAUUUGACCGUACUGCUAAACCAGUGCCAACAAUCACCCAAGAAGUGACAGAAACCAUUGAAGACUUGAUUAGAAAAAGAAUAAAGAACGAUGAAUUUGAUGAUUUGCCACGAAGGAUUGUUCAAGAUUUAUCCAAAUUUCACCAGGGACCUCAAGCUGACGUUUCUCAACAAAAAUCGUCAAAAUCGUUGGCAGAAUUGUAUGAAGACGAAUACAAUCAAGUUGACGCACAGCAAGAGGAACUCGAUGAUGCAGUGAAGAAACAACAUGACGAAAUAAGUGAGUUGUUUAUGAAAGUAACGCAUAGAUUGGAUGCAUUGUGUUCGGCCCAUUUCAUUCCGAAACCACAUGAGGUAAAGAAUAUUGAAAUCAAGGUGACUGAUGCUAGUGCUCCUUCUAUUAGUAUGGAAGAUGCCCAACCAUUGAACGUAUCGAGUGAGUCAAGAUUAGCACCACAAGAGGUUUACAAAAUUGGAGAUGAUUCCAUCAAAGGAAAUGGUGUCAAAGGUAAAUCUGAAGUUCUGUUAAAAUCCGGUCUUUCGUAUUCCAAAGAUGAGCUUAAUCGUGAGGAAAAACAAAGAUUGAGAAGAGCUAACAAGAGAAAGAAAUCAAAACAAUUCAAUGAAAGACAAGAACUCAAGAGACAAAAGUUGAAACAAACACCUGAAUCCAAGCAAAGGAAAACAAAGAAUAGUGAAGUUGUUGAUACAUUGUCUAAGGCAAGAAACGUCACCGUUAUUGGGCAAAAGGGUGAAUUGAGAGAUGCAAAGGGGAACUUGAAAAAGAACAACGGACCACAAACGGGAAAUAGUUUGAAACUAUAG